AUGGUGUCCCGCCUCGACAUAGGACGACACCCGCUCGACUACGGCUCGGACGCCGGGCACGUCGACAACCUGUUCUUCUACCUCUGGGCAAAGAACCCGGUGACCGGUGACGUCCCGCCGGGCGUUCUCCUUCCACACACGGCCGUCUUUCGCCGCUCCAAGCUCCACUCGUGGUUCUUCUCCUCGCGAAAGCCGCCGCAUCACAUCCUGCGCAAGCGGGCAUCCGAGAGCACCAUCGGCAACCUCGUCGAGGUCCUCGUCUCCGCCCACCGCGCCGGCACCUCGCGCUCGGGCAUUGUCGCCUACAUCGUGACCACCGAGGAGGGCGUGACAGGCGACCCGUUCACCUACGUCGAGUACCUGGACAAGCAGGCCGUCCUUGAUCUUGCUUCGGGCCGCCGAGCCCUGCCCCGCUCCGGCUUCCUGCAGGCCUUUGUCGAGCCAAAGCACGGCUUCAACUCGACGCUCCGCUGCUUUCUCCGUCCGGGCUCGUUCACUGUCGAACGCCGUGACUCGGUCCACAAGAUCGGCGAGCGCCGCAUCCCCUUUGACGCCCGCGGCGCCACACACGAGGGCCAGGUCCACAACUCCAUCCCGGUCCCAUUCUCCAACUCGACCUUUAUCCGCCACCUCCGCGCCAUCUGCCUCGGCAUCGUCCGGCACGUCCACGCCACCUCGCCGCAGCAGUACUCCAUCUCGUCCAUGGCCGUCAACCUCAAGCGGAAUACAAAGGACCAGUUUGUCUUUCUCUACGCCUCCUCGGUUGUCGUCGAGUCGCGCAUGAACAAGAUCGGCCUCCCCGACGACAUCUGGUCCGUCGCCCUCUCGCUUCGCGGCUCUUCCUCGCUUGUUGGCCAGCGCCUUACUGCCGCAGCAUCACGCCAGCGCGCCUCGGCCAAAGGCUCGUUCACCGCCUCGGCCAUGCUGGCCCGCAAGCGCAAGUCCGACCUCUCCGCCUGCCCGGGCUGCGGCUCACACAUGCCGGCCUCGCUCAUGUAUCCAGUCACGUACAAGGCCGUCAUCGCCCACUUUGACCUCUACCCUUCAGCUUACGCAGACUCGGACGCCUCGUUUCGUCGCACUGUCACAUCACUCAACGCUUCGACUGUCUCGCGGGUCGCCUCGGGCACAACCUCGCUCCUCACCCGUCUCGACAAGCCGGCUGUCAAGGCCAACUCACCCAAGGCCAACAACUCGAGCGUCCCGCCACUUCUCAAACGGGUCAUGAGCACCCGCAUGUCAGACACUGAGUUUGCUCUGCACCGCUCAAACCCGGCCUUUCUCGCCCGCUCGCUCGCCGUCUGCGAAGCAUGCUGUCUCGACAUCACAGAGUCGGCCAUGCGCCAUCUCGGCAAGGUGCCGCAGCCGUACGUCAUGGACAUGGCCGCCCGCCGCCGCGACGUCAUCCAUGGCCUCGUUGUCAAGACCCGCUCGCGACACUCGGCUCACAAGCGGAGAACCGCUGCUGUCCGUGACCGCCGCACCACUUCGCACUCGCUGUCCACAAAACCGCCGCCGCGCCGCCGCCGCCAGGCCCGCUCCCUCACUCCGAUUGCACGCGACGCCUCCUCGCCGCAGCACUACUACCAGGAUAUCACCGAUGAGUUCUCACGCCGGGAAGCCUCCCGCCGCUCCGAAAACGCCGCCGCCCGGAAGCUCACACGCAUCAUGCUCCUCGCUGAACACAACACAACUGACUCGGACGAAGACGACGUUGCCAGUGGCGGCUCAGACUCUCCCGACUCGACCGCCGCCCGCCUCCUCCGCCGUCUCAACUCGACCAACUUGCACCCAUCGCUCGUCGACCUCGACACAUCCUCAUCAUCAGCCACCCUUGCCCUCCGCACCAGCAACUCUCCUGACUCGCCCUCAAAAUUGCCUGCCUCGUCAGAUCCCGUCCCGACUGUUAUUCCGUCGCGCAUCCGCAGUGGCCGCCGCCCGUCGCUGGCCCAGCUCGUUGUUCCAGUCAACCUCUCCACCCCGGCCUCGUCGUCGUCAUCGUCGUCAUCGUCGUCAUCAGCCUCCCGAGACCCUUGA